AUGACACAUCAGUUUUCUACACUCACAGCAGCACAGAAGAAGGACCUGAAUGAGACCGCCCUACGCAUUAUCUCUCCAGGAAAAGGCAUCCUGGCUGCUGAUGAGUCUGUUGGUAGCAUGGCGAAACGGCUGGCCCAGGUCGGGGUUGAGAACACAGAGGAGAACCGCAGAAAGUAUCGUCAGAUUCUCUUCAGUGCAGAUGAUCGCAUUAACUUGUGCAUUGGAGGGGUCAUCUUCUUCCAUGAGACACUGUACCAGCAUUCUGAUAACGGCGUUCCCUUUGUCAAAAUGAUCAAGGACAAGGGCAUCCUGGUUGGCGUCAAGGUUGACAAGGGUGUGGUUCCACUGCCAGGAACAUGUGGAGAAUCCACAACGCAGGGUCUGGAUGGCCUUUCAGAGCGCUGUGCCCAGUACAAAAAGGAUGGAGCAGUUUUUGCAAAGUGGCGUUGUGUGUUGAAGAUCAGUGACACCAAUCCGUCUAACUUGGCCAUUACAGAGAAUGCAAAUGUUUUGGCACGUUACUCAAGUAUCUGCCAGCAGCAUGGGAUUGUGCCCAUCAUCGAGCCAGAGAUCUUGCCUGAUGGAGAUCAUGAUCUGAAACGUUGUCAGUAUGUCACUGAGAAGGUGCUUACCGCAGUGUACAAGGCUAUGUCAGACCACCAUGUAUACCUGGAGGGCUCUCUGCUCAAACCCAACAUGGUCACUCCUGGACACAGCUGCUCCAACAAAUACACUCCGGAGGAAGUUGCCAUGGCAACCGUCACCGCUCUGCGACGUACUGUUCCACCUGCUGUUGCAGGAGUUGCAUUCCUCUCGGGUGGACAGAGUGAGGAGGAGGCCUCUAUCCAUCUGAAUGCCAUCAAUAACUGCCCUCUGGUCAAACCCUGGAUGCUUUCAUUCUCCUUUGGCCGAGCCCUGCAAGCUUCUGCGCUCAGAGCCUGGCGAGGGCAUAAAGAGAAUGAGAAUGUGGCAACUGAACAGUUCAUCAAGAGAGCAGAGGUGAAUGGUCUGGCAUGUCAGGGGAAGUAUACUGGUGGUGACAACAGUGGCCAGGCUGGCCAACAUGUCUAUGGAUCUUGUCACGCAUACUAA